CACGCCCCCCAUUUUCUCGCCACCCCCCGACAAAAUCCCCAAUUACAAAUUCCCGCCCCCCCCAAAAAACCCUCCCCCACCGUGGCGAUGCAAGGCCUCCGCCUCUACGACGGCGGCGUCCGCCUCGAGCUGACCCCGUCCACGGCGUCGCCGCUUGCCAUCGACGUGGCGGAGACGGCGGAGACGCGCAUCCAGCGCCUCAUCGCCGAGAACCCCGUGAUCAUCUUCAGCCGCCCCUCCUGCUGCAUGUGCCACGUCAUGAAGCGCCUCCUCUCCACCGUCGGCGUCCACCCCACCGUCAUCGAGCUCGACGACGACGACGAGAUCGCCGCCCUCGCCCACGGCGGCGCCUCCGCCGCCCCCGAGCUCUACAUCGGCGGCGCCUGCGUCGGCGGCCUCGAGAGCCUCGUCGCCUUGCACCUCAGUAAUCAUCUCGUGCCUAAGCUUGUUGAAGUUGGUGCUCUCAAAAAUGAAUUCCUAAUUAAUUAAUUAAUUAAAUCAUCCUUUUUCUUUUCUUUUUAUAAAAUCAUUAUUUCGCGAUCGUUUUAUAUUAUAGUAUUUGCUACUAUUAUUUAGAAGGAAGGAACAAAAAAAAAUUAGUGAAGGAGAAAAAAAAAUAAGGUAGUGUAGUUUUCUUCUUUGGCAUUGUAAGCUUGUGAAUUAGUGUUGGUAAUUGUGAUUAGGAGUGGUGAUGAGUAUUAUGACUAUCUAUUUUUAAUGAAAGAAUUUGCAAGAAUAUUAUUAAUUA